UAAUUCUAGGCACAUUCGUUUAGGAAUUUGAACACCCAUCAUCAUUUUUCUUUCACCACUGUCGACGCCUUUCCCGGUUUAUUUAAGUAUCCUCUAUUCUUUAUAGUACAUUUUUUGUACAAUAAUCUUUUGUGUCUUUAUAAAAAAAAAAUAUAUAUAUAUAAUCGUUUUAUUAUUUUGCGUGAUAAUGUGGAUUAGUUUCUCCGUCAGUGCUGCAAUUGAAUAUUCCACCUAACCAUGCAGAAUAUCACGGCGAAAACAACGAAUUGCAAGGAUUAGUUUAAUUGAUAUAGAUAAUUUAAUUUUUAUGCCGAAUCACUUGAUUUAUAUUAGUAGUUUUCUGAGAGAGAAAAGGGAAGAAAAGAAACAAGGAAGGAAGGAAAGCCACACACAGAGUCAUGUCCUUCAGGAGGGGUGUUGUCAGACAGAGUAAGUUCCGGCAUGUAUUUGCCCAGGCAUGGAAGGCUGAGCAUUGCCUUGAUGAUAUCAGAGUAUCACGGGUGACAUGGGACGGGCCGUUGUGUGCUGCCAAUCCGAAAUUUAUCGCUGUCAUCAUUGAGGCUGGAGGCGGUGGAGCCUUUCUUGUGUUACCACUCACCAAGAGCGGUAGAGUGGACCAGAAUACCCCGACUGUGUGCGGUCAUGCCGCUCCAGUGCUGGAUGUGCAGUGGUGUCCACAUGAUGACAAUGUUAUUGCCAGUGCCUCCGAAGACUGCACUGUGAAGAUUUGGCAAAUUUCUGAUGGUGGUCUUACAACACCCAUGUCUGAAGCUGUUGUGACUCUCGAGGGCCACAGUAAACGAGUGGGCAUCCUAGCGUGGCAUCCUACUGCUCUCAACAUCCUGUUGACUGCAGGGUGUGAUAAUGUCCUGUGUGUGUGGGAUGUGGGCACCGGGGAGCUGGUGUACCAGCUGAGUGAUGCCCAUCCAGACCUGAUAUACAGCGUGAGCUGGAACUGUGAGGGCAGUGUGGUGUGCACCACCUGUAAAGACAAAGCCUUACGUGUCAUUGACCCCCGGCGUGGAACUGUCCUGAAGGUGCGAGAAAAGGCGCAUGAAGGCUCCAGGCCAAUGAGGGCCGUCUUUCUGGCUGAUGGGAAAAUCCUUACGACCGGCUUCAGUCGCAUGAGUGAGAGACAGCUCGCCCUCUGGGAUACGAAAGAUCUCUCAGAGCCAAUGGUGACUCAAGAAAUGGACUCCAGUAACGGAGUUCUACUUCCAUUCUAUGACCCAGACACCAACAUGGUUUACUUGUGUGGAAAGGGGGAUUGUACCAUUCGUUACUUUGAGGUGACAGAUGAGUCACCGUAUGUUCACUUCCUGAGUCUGUACAGCAGUAAGGAGCCGCAGAGAGGUGCUGGUUUCCUAAGCAAACGAGGAGUGGAUGUCAACAAGUGUGAAAUAGCAAGGUUCUAUAAGCUGCAUGAGAGGAGGGUUGAGCCCAUUUCAAUGACUGUGCCUCGUAAGUCUGACCUGUUUCAAGGGGAUUUGUACCCGGAUACAGCGGGAUUAGAGCCAGCUCUGCUGGCAGAAGAUUGGAUAGCAGGUCAGGAUGCUCCUCCAACCCUUGUUUCCCUCAGCGGAGGCUACACGGCCCCUCCGUCCAAAUGCGCCACGCUCCGGGGUCGACCCAAACUGCUUUCUCAGACCAACAGUAGUCCCAGCAGCACGACUGCGCCAGCAAACCCUGUGGCAGAUGAGAUGGAGAGUGAGGAGGUGGGCCACAGACGAGGAGGGAGGGACAUGGAUGUAGGGAUCGAGAGAAUGAAGAAAGAGGAUGACCAACUUUCUGAUAUUCUAACGGAGGUGCGAGCUUUGCGUGCCCUGGUUCUGACUCAAGGUCACAGGAUUGACGUACUCGAAAGACAAUUCGCCCGCAUUGAGGACGGAGAAGUGUGAAGGAAACUACAAACAAAUCAGAACACAUAGCCUUAUUACUCAGAUUAAGAAAGCUUCACUGAGGGAUUUUGGGAAAUGCAGUUACAUUACUAUGGCAUAGCGAUACAAAGAUGCGAUUAAGCUUUACACAUUAUUGGAACACUUUGUUUUUAAAUGCACUGACAUUUGAUAUAAUAAAUGCUGCUCAUUUUUGUGCUUUUAAUAGGGCUGUCAGGUACUGACUACUGCUAACUAUACUUGUCUGCUUGUCUGUAUUUGGUUGGGUCAGCAUUUGCAUAAACACGCAAACUAAGAAGGAAAUGACCUAAUGCUCUCUUGUAGCAUGUAUUAUGACAGCAUUUACACUGGCGGCCAAAAGUUUGGAAUAAUGUACAGAUUUUGCUCUUAUGGAAAGAAAUUGGUACUUUUAUUCACCAAAGUGGCAUUCAGCUGAUCACAAUGUAUAGUCAGGACAUUAAUAACAUGAAAAAUUACUAUUACUAUUUGAAAACAAAUUUCAGAACUUUUUAAACUACUUCAAAGAAUUCUCAUCAAACAAUCCUCCACGUGCAGCAAUGACAGCUUUGCAGAUCUUUGGCUGUACGUCACCCCACGCUUCCUGAAGCACUUGCCAUAGAUGUGGCUGUCUUGUUGGGCACUUCUCACGCACCUUACAGUCUAGCUGAUCCCACAAAAGCUCAAUGGGUUUAAGAUCCAUAACACUCUUUUCCAGUUAUCUGUUGUCCAAUGUCUGUGUUUCUUUGCCCACUCUAACCUUUUCUUUUUGAUUUUCUUUUUUCAAAAGUGGCUUUUUCUUUGCAGUUCUCCCCAUAAGGCCUGCACCCCUGAGUGUUCUCUUUACUGUUGUACAUGAAACUGGUGUUGAGUGGGUGGAAUUCAAUGAAGCUGUCAGCUGAGGACAUGUGAGGCAUCCAUUUCUCAAACUAGAGACUCUGAUGUACUUAUCCUCUUGUUUAGUUUUACAUCUGGCCUUCCACAUCUCUUUCUGUCCUUGUUAGAGCCAGAUGUCCUUUGUCUUUGAAGACUCUAGUGUACACCUUUGUAUGAAAUCUUCAGUUUUUUUGGCAAUUUCAAGCAUUGUAUAGCCUUCAUUCCCCAAAACAAUUAUUGACUGACAAGUUUCUAGAGAAAGCUGUUUCUUUUAUGCCAUUUUUGAUCUAAUAUUGACCUUAAGACAUGCCAGUCUAUUGCAUAAUGUGGCAACUCAAAAACAAACACAAGGACAAUGUUAAGCUUCAUUUAACGAACCAAAUAGCUUUCAGCAGUUUUUGAUAUAAUGGCAAGUGAUUUUUUUAGUACCAAAUUAGCAAUUUAGCAUGAUUACUCAAGGAUAAGGUGUUGGGGUGAUGGCUGCUGGAAAUGGGACCUGUCUAGAUUUCAAAUCAAAUCACUUUAUUGUCACACAGCCAUAUACACAAGUGCAAUGGUGUGUGAAAUUUUUGGGUGCAGUUCCGAUCAACAUAGCAGUCGUGACAGUGAUGAGACAUAUACCAAUUUACAAUAACAUCAAAUUAACACAGCACAAUUUAAAGUCUAAUAUACACAUAAUUACACACAACAAUAUACAAAUAAUAACAUACACUGUACAGUAUACAAUACGCACUAUAUAGAUACACAUUAUUCAAUAAAAAUAAAAAUAUAUAAAAAAGUAUAUAUAGUAGUAUAUAUAGAAUGUACAGUAGGCUGUAUUUUACUGUAUUGACAUUCAGGCUGUCGGUUGAUAGUAAGUUGUUAAGAGAGAAUAUAAUAUAAUAAUAAUAUAAUUUAUGACAGUCCAGUGUGAGAUGUAAGAGUAAGGAUAAUAAAGUGCAGUGCUGAUGUAUUUUGAUCGUGGGAGAUCAAGAGUUCAAAAGUCUGAUUGCUUGGGGGAAGAAGCCAUCAUGGAGUCGGCUGGUGCGGGUCCUGAUGCUGCGAUACCGCCUGCCUGAUGGUAGCAGUGAGAACAGCCCAUGGCUCGGGUGGCUGGAGUCUCUGAUGAUCCUCCGAGCUUUUUUCACACACCGCCUUGUAUAUAUUUCCUGGAGGGAGGGAAGCUGACCUCCGAUGAUGUGUCUGGCAUUUGAUCAAACUUGUAUUUUUUCAAAUAGUGAUGGUGCUGUUUUUUACAUCAGUAAUGUCCUGCCUAUACUUUGUGAUCAGUUGAAUGCCAAUUUGGUGAAUUAAAGUACCAAUUUCCUUCAGAAACAGCUAAAUCUGUACAUUAUUCCAAACUUUGGCCGCCAGUGUUUGUAUGCCUCUACUUAAAAACUGUUAGAAUCCUUCAGGAAGUGUAAUAAUUCAACAUGCUGAAUUGCUAAGUCUUUCACUAAAGCUUAAUGGUGCUUAUCAGCAUACACUGACCAGCACUGUUCUUGGGUUUAGCUGCUCUAAAUAGUUCCUCUCUUCCAUUAUACACCACUGGUCAAAAGUUUUGAAACACUUGACUGAAAUAUUUCUCAUGAUCUUAAAAAUGUUUGAUCUGAAGGCGUAUGCUUAAAUGUUUGAAAUUAGUUUUGUAGACAAAAAUAUAAUUGUGCCACCAUAUACAUUUAUUUCAUUAUAAAACUAAAAUUACAAAAAAAAUAAAAAAAAUUUUUUUUAAAUGGAUGACUUGGACCAAAUAAUAAAGAAAAGCAGCCAAUAAGUGCCCAACAUAGAUGGGAACUCCUUCAAUACUGUUUAAAAAGCAUCCCAGGGUGAUACCUCAAGAAGUUGGUUGAGAAAAUGUCAAGAGUACAUGUCUGCAAAUUCUAGGCAAAGGAUGACUACUUUGAAGAUGCUCAAAUAUAAUAAACAAUGAGUGUUUCAAAACUUUUGACCGGUAGUGUAUGUCUUAACAAUUGUAGCAUCAGUUUGGAUGUUCUUAGAGUUUCAUGAGUAGAUAUGUGUGUAUGUCUUAGAAACUGUACUCUUAGUUGAAGGUAUUGGUGAGCUGUCUAUAUAUAAAAAAGAAACACUAGCUCUUAGAGCAAUGGAGUUAACUGUCAUUAACUAAAAUACUUCCUCAGAUGCAGAUCUUGUAGGGUGAAAACAAGAACAGGUCACAUUUCACCCCAAAGACACAAGAAAUUGUGUUUUGCAUUAAGAAAAUGAAACCUAAAUUAUUUCUAGGCUAAUUACAUUUUUAGCAUUGUGAAAUUGUUUUUGUGAUGAUUGAGCACACUUUCUCAAACAAUUUCUCAUUACUGUAAUGAGAGUUGGGGCUUAAUUGUCAACAAUGCCAAAAAACAAAUUUUUCUUUAAACAAGCAUUAUUUUCUUAAAGCAAAAUAUAAUUUCUUUAUUUCUUUUUUGGGGGGAGUAUGACAUAGACGUUCUUAAAAGGUUUUGUGAGAUGCGUUGAUCUCAUUUCUUCUAAUGAUGAAUAGUUGUGCUUUAUUCCUGUUUGAUUGAAUAUGAAAAAUCUGUUAGAAUGAUGUGAUGUUGAUAGGUCUAGAUGGUGGUGUUUUUGUAUUUGUUUUAUCUGUAGUCUCUCUUUUAAAGUCUUUAAUCAUGGGCACUACAAUCAGGAAUGCUAGUUCAGGGAUGACUCAUCCUUCUCUGUAAAUGUUUUGUUUAUUUUUAGCUUUACUUGCUGCAUAUGUUGUAAAUGAGCUAAUUACCCAUCAACUUUAAACUUAAGUGCUAACUCAACCUGUUCUUUUUAAUAAACAACAUUUACUCAU